UCUGCUACUUAACAGUGGGAACAGAUCCCAUGGCUGAGUCACCACAGCUGCAACACUCGCUCCUUAGUGCUUCACUGGACAUAGAGCAGCCACCAGCCUCAAGAGUAGCUCCAAGCUGGGUCCACGCUGGAUGCAGGCGCUGGCAGCUGGUGGAUCAGGUAGAGUUGCUGAGGAUGGAGGAGAGUCAGGAACCUGGGCACAGCUAACAUUCUGAGCCCCCCAUGCCUUUGACUUCUCUGUGGGCUUGAGAGAGGACUACACCACCUCAGAAUGAACCCUUCUUCAGAGCCAAGAGUCCCACUGGGCCUGGCUCAGGAGCCCAGCUGCAUGAUCACCCCACCAUCACCCAGCAGGUGGGAUAGCUCCCAGAGCAGCAUCUCCAGCCUGGACCAACCUACACCCAUCAGUCCCACGGAAGCCAGGCCUCAGGCUGCUGUCUGGGUCCCCUUUCCUACAGUUGACGUUCCCGACCACACCCACUACACCCUGGGCUCAGUGAUCCUGCUGGUGGGACUCAUGGGGAUGCUGGGCAACCUGACCGUCAUCUACACCUUCUGCAGGAGCAGAGGCCUCAGGACGCCUGCCAACAUGUUCAUCAUCAACCUCGCAGUCAGCGACUUCCUCAUGUCCUUUACCCAGGCUCCUGUUUUCUUUGCCAGCAGCCUCUAUAAGCGGUGGCUCUUUGGGGAGGCAGGCUGUGAGUUCUAUGCCUUCUGUGGGGCUCUCUCUGGCAUCACCUCCAUGAUUACUCUGAUGGCCAUCGCCCUGGACCGCUACCUGGUGAUCACGCAUCCACUGGCUGCUGUCGGGGUGGUAACCAAGAGGCGGGCUGGGCUUGUCCUGCUGGGCAUCUGGCUCUAUGCCCUGGCUUGGAGUCUGCCACCCUUCUUUGGCUGGAGUGCCUAUGUGCCCGAGGGGCUGCUGACCUCCUGCUCUUGGGACUACAUGAGCUUCACGCCAUCAGUCCGUGCUUACACCAUGCUGCUCUUCUGCUUUGUGUUCUUCCUCCCCCUGCUUGUCAUCAUCUACUCCUACUUCUUCAUCUUCAGGGCCAUCCGGGAGACAGGCCGGGCCUUUGAGGGCGGGGGUGAGUCCUCCCGGCAACGACAGCGGCUGCAGAGAGAGUGGAAGAUGGCCAAGAUGGAGCUGCUGGUCAUUUUUCUCUUUGUGCUCUCCUGGGCCCCUUACUCCUGUGUGGCCCUGAUGGCCUUUGCUGGGUACGCGCAUGUCCUGACGCCGUACGUGAAUUCGGUGCCGGCCGUCAUUGCCAAGGCCUCAGCAAUCCACAACCCCAUCAUUUACGCCAUCACCCACCCCAAGUACAGAAAGGCCAUCACCCAGCACUUGCACUGCCUGGGGGUGCUUCUGGGCAUGUCGGGCCAGCGCACUGGCCAGUACGCCAGCUACUGCUCUACCCACCACUCUACGCUGAGCAGUCAGGCCUCGAACCUAAGCUGGAUCUCCAGACGAAGGCACCAGCCAUCCCUGGGCUCUGAGAACAAGGUGGGUUGGACCGACACAGAGGACACAGCUGCAUGGGGAGGUGCCCAGCUAGAGAGCAGACGGGCACCCUGCAGUCAGGACCUGGAGGAUGUGGAAGCCGAGGCCCCUCCCAGACCCCAGGGAGAGGAAGCCGAAGCUCCUGGGAAGGUGACUGGCCCUAGCUCCUGCCAAUCUAUAAAGGGGUAG